AUGGAGGUUACAGGGUAUGAAAAUUUGGUCGCUGCUGGUAAAGAAGUUGAACAGCACGGUGCAGGAGUUGGUUCUGGUUUCCCUGGAUUAAGCUUGGGCUUUGGAGUUGGUGCAGGCUGUGGUAUAGGGAUUGGCUUUGGUCAUGGUUUUGGAAAAGGAGUCGCUUAUGAUGAGAAUGGGAGAUAUUCAAACAUUGGGAGAUCAAAUCAGAGAUCUAAGGGCACUCCAUCUGAGUAA